UCAGGGUUUGAUUGUUCGGUCCUGCCAAGAUGGCGGCGCUGCGGUUGGUGCGGGGCCUCCUGAAGGAGCUGCGGAGCCUGGGCCCGGGCCCGGUGCAGGGACACAGUUACCGGGAGUCCGCCGCCUACACCUACAUCCUGCAGCAAUUCAGGAAGAACCAGGUUACCGGUGAGAAACUGUGCCGUGCUCACCAUGAGCUGUAUCACCAAGCCUCCACCUACAUGUGCCUCCUGCAGAGUGUCCGACAGCACCUAACUCUACACCAGGAGUACCACAGCAAGGGAGAACGGUCACCCCAUGAAGUAGCACAGCUUGUGGGCCUCAAACUGCCACAGCAACCCGGAGGCAAAGGAUGGGAAAAAUGAGGAGGAGGAAAAGCAGCCUUACUGCUAGAGUACAUCUUGUUGAUGAACACAUUGUUGUAAUUCUGAUGGUCUCGCUUAUUUCACUGACAAUGUCAGCGUGGCCUGCAGGCUGUUGUCGUUUUUUGUAUAUAGUGCAGCUCCUCAGGAUCUCAGUGGCUCAUGAAGUGAUUAAAAACAGACUCCAUUUAAACCAA